ACUGAACGGUUGUGUUUUUAUUGGAAAGGUAAUAGAUAAAAAUAAUAUAUAAUUUUGAAAUAAAUAAUAAGGCGCCAAUUUGCCUUUUACGUGUAUACAAAGUGAAAAAAUUAAAAACAAAAGCAAAUAAAAUUUUAAAGAACUGUUCGAAACUCUAUAGUUUGAAACGAAAAAACCAGAUUUCAUACAAGUGUCCUUUUGAGUUACGGUUACAGCGCCACUCAACUCAAUAUGCUCAAGUGGGCUGUUAACGCACCACGUCUCUCAUACCUCACAGUUGACAAUACGAAAGCUUGCGCCGGUGACUUGCAGCUCGAAGUGAGGAAUGAACAAAAUGGGACAAGCGCCACGCAAGCGCAUACGCCUUCUACGCAACGCGAGAGAUUGAAACGUAAAUCUUCAGACUUUUACCACUCACGCCGCCUGCAGCAUUGGUUGGAAAAAGAGAAUGCACUUGAGGUGCAAAAUCAAGUGACCUCCACGCCACUUCAUGCCAACUCAAAAACACACAGUAGCAGCUGUCCAUUGCGACGUCUAAAUAGCUUUAAGAACUUAUCCAACAUCAUGGCUGGUGAGAAGACUGAACCCAAUACACCACUUAAGCCGUUUGGCGCACAAUUUGAGACACCGGGUCACAGUGUCGUGUGUAAGAGCAUAAGACAUAACGAUCCAGCCAACUACGCCGCCACAUUGCCCACACUCGAAGUGGAAUACUCGCCACCGUGCAGCUUAGUGCCUGGUCCUAUAUUGGCCUUACGCGGCUUAGGCAUUGCAGAUACUUACUUCGACAAACCACGUUAUCUGCCACCGCAGGAACGCCUGGAGCAGAACCAAACUACGCUGAACCAUCAAACAGCGGCAAGUAAAACAGACAACACUCUUCAGAACCACCCCCUCUCGCGACUGCCAAGUAUUCAAGACGAUGCUGCCAGCCUGAGCUCCUCGAAGAUGGGCGAUCAGACGUUGGAGCGCAUGAUCGAUGCCAUACUGGAGAGCACAAUGAAAGAGAAGCGCUCUAUGAAGUUCAUAAGACAUGCGAAUUGUGCACAGAGUGGCGUAAUGUCGCCCACAUACACGCCAGCUGAAGAUCCCGCCAAUGAUUUGUGUGAGUUUUGGUCUAACGCGCAGCGAGCGCCAACAGCUGCGCAGACACAGCCAAUGCGUAAAAAGCGCUUUUCACUACCAGUGAAUGUUGGCUCAGCGCAAGAGUUUAGCGAACGAGAAGUGCGUUCGCCACACGGCGCAGCGCAACGUCUGCGUCGUCUACAGGCAGGCAGUUAUCUACAUUUGCGUCGUCAACGCGCGGUGCGUCGUAAGAGAAAAACCUCCAAGAGUAGCGGCAAAUCGACAAAGACACAACGGCACGUUGAUACAGCAGCGCCGCCUGCAGAUUUGGCGGAGAGCAAAACCAUUGAGAAUCCAAGCCCGGAUAGUGGACACAACUCCUGCAGUGAACUAGAUGACAACUCCAGCGCGCUUGAGGACGUAUGCUUGCCGCUCGCGAGCACACUGGACAGCAGCGACUGGCGCACAUUGGAUGCGACCAAGCGACGACUGAGCUUUUCCAACAAAACUUUAACGAAUGGCCGCACAUGAUCCCAAGUGGUCAGCCAAGAGAAAGCCUUAUUAGUUACUUACAAGCGUUGAUAAAAUUUUGUUGCCUAAUU